GGCUGUUAAAAGUCAUGGCAGGUGAAAAAUUGACAAAUUUGUCCCAAAACAUAUCACAAGGUACUCGAAUUAAUUUUUACUGGUUAACUCACCCCUGAAAGCUUCGUCCACUCCAUGACGUGACAUGUACGUUUACUCUGCAGCUUGCCUAUACCACAGCAGUAACAACAAACAACAUAGAGAUAAGAUCAGCUCACACGUUGGCACACCUCAGAGACCGCCCAUAAUAUCAGUGUUUGAACAUUUUUAGUGUGCGCGGAGAUCCAGCCGCUCGCGGUAGUUUUUACUUCAGUAUCCGUCGCUGAUACUCCGGCCACAAACAUUUCAAAGUGGAGGAAGAGGAGUUUCAGAGAUCACCAACAUGUCAAUGCUGUACUGGCAACGACCUACCAGCCGCCUGUUCUUGGGGACGGCUCUGUUGGGUGGUGCAUGCGUCCUUACCCUGCUGUCUCUUUACGGCUAUCGAUACGGGGAUGCAUGGCCCUUUCUAGACGAGCUGAGCGUCCCGCGAAAGGUUUCGAAUAGUUGGUCACAAAGUAAAGUAGGGUCAGGCAACGAAAUGGCAAAUCCUAACACAUUUGGACUUGGGGAGAAGACGCAACAGGUGGCGACAUUAGCAGGAUUUAACAUGACAAAAGAACUAAGGAGGUUACAUUCAGGGGUGUUUUCAGCUCUCCCAAGAAAGUUUCUUCCCGAUUACAAGAACCCGUGUUGGUUCGAGGAGGUGAAUAAAAAAGACGUUAAACCGAAGGAACGGUGGCAGAAAAGAGUCUUACACAACGGGACAAGGCAUUUUCUGUUUAGAUGUUUGCCAUAUUUUUACAUCAUUGGUAUGCCAAAGUGUGGAACGACCGAUCUUUACCACCGCAUCUCUAAACACCCGGAAGUUGUUCAUGGCCAGAAAGAACCUCAUUGGUGGGCUAAAGCACGAAUUCACAAUUUAGAGCGAUAUCUGAAGCUUUUCGAAGAAGCGGCCUGGGCCAUCAGGAGCCGGAAAACAAAAAGCUUAACAUCUGCAGGACAAGAAAUCGAUUAUCACGGCGCCAUCACAGGAGACGGCAGCCCCUCCACAAUAUGGUGCAACGGUUACUGGAGAGAUCAACAGUGGGACACGCCUAACAACGAACCACCUAUUCUACUGGCCAACCUGCUCCAUGCCGUGCAGCCUCACGCCAAGUUUAUCCUCACACUUAGAAACCCAACAGACAGAUUAUAUUCGGAAUAUCUCUUCUUCUCUGGUGGCUUCCGUUACAACAAGUCCUUGACGGAUUUUCACAAGAGGGUCAACCUUGCUAUUGGCAUCUUUACCAACUGUCUCAGGAACAAUUCUGUCCGAUCGUGCGCUUACGAACCAAAUCUGCCCGCAACAAGGACAGUUAGACUGCGGCUUGGGCUGUACGAGGUCUACCUGCGUGACUGGUUGUCUAUCUUUUCUCGGGACCAGAUUCUCGUGCAACGUCUUGAGGAUUACUCCAAGGAUCUUCGCACUACCAUGACAGAAGUUUUUAAGUUCUUAGAUCUUGGCCCUGUUAAGGAAAAAGCUGAACAAGACGCUAUAUUCACCUCCAAUACGCAGCGUUCGCAGACGAAGAGUUAUGACAAAAUAGGCCAGAUGUUGCCAAAGACGCGGAAGGUCUUAAACAAGUUUUACAAACCAUAUAACCAGCGACUUGCUGCACUUUUGAACAAUACUGACUUUCUCUGGCAAUAGCAUAGUUCUAUAUUCCUGACAUGAAAUGAGUCUCCAGCGUAAAAAUGUAAAAUUGCCUUGCUACAGCAUAUUUGUGUUGGCUAGUGUCUCGUCCCAUUUGCCAUUUUGCGAAAAUAUUAAGUAUAGAUAUUAUGUUUUGGGGGACGGUUACUCAACUUACUGGUAUACGUUUGUAAAGAUCUACAUGUAGCAUAGUGUGCAUGUACGAACCAUCUCUCUAGCUCUAUGUUGUCUCUGUAAACUCCAUUUUCUGGGUAAAGAAAUCUUUGUGAAAUCUUGUUAAUAUUACUUCAAAAAGCAAGGAACAAACCACCUCUCUGACGUCACUGCUGUCGUUGGAAAGAAUAGAAACUUCUUUAUAUUCUCGUUUAUUGUAGUGCGUUCUGUGACCAUAGUUCAACAGAUCAGAUGUUGCUCAUUCCGCGUUGAGAAAUAUUGAUAGGGGGUGGGGGGGCUGGACAGACCUUCAACAUUUACUUUUCUUGAAGGAAGGAGGUGAGUGAUGUCACACAAAGACACACAUCGUAUGAUACCAUUAGAAAACGAGAAUUCUACAACUCUAGAUACAUUCAGCAUGCAAAUAAUGCCCUAAUUUACAUAAUGCCGCUAUGUGUAAUGAUCUAUCUAGAUCUAUAUACCUUGAAUGUUUCUCCCUCACUCUAUCUCUUUACAUAUAUAUAUAUCCAGUUUAUUGUCUUGCAUGUUAUUAGGAAAUCCAUCCAUUUCUUUCAUAAUAGAUACCGGUAGAACUUUAUUGCACGACAAUUUGUACUACGAGCUAGGUGUGGCUGGUGUAGAGUUAUGAAUGUGUCCCAAAACAUAGAAUAUAGAUAUAACAUUAAUCCUCCAUGUUGCACCAUUCUUACCAAGCUAAAUCAGUAAUGAUACAAGGCUAAACAAUGUCACUGAAUAUACGCUGGAAAAUAUAACUUGUAUGGGAAAAAGCUGUUGCGAUUCGUAUAUCCGAACUGAAUCCGAAAGUUAUGUUUUUCCAUGACCUAUGAUCAUGUGGGUGAAAAUUUUGCAAACAUUGAUGUGAUUGUACAUUAUGUAACUGUAACCUUCAUUUACUUCACCCCUACCCCUUGUAGUCUCUGUAUAUAUAUAUUAUGGAGUAAGGGAAAUAUAAUGUAGACAAAUUUAUCAGCAUGAUCUUUCUAGAUGCCGGCACAUACCACUACUGUCAAAAUCAGGGAUGAAUAAACAAAACAAUACCCAAUGCUGCAUCCACAACCUCAGCAAUUUGUCAAGUCAAGUCAAGUGAAAACAAUCUUCAAUAGAUUUAAAUUUUCUGUUUAAUUUUAAGCUGGUGAUUCAGUUUUGCAGCAUAUUUAUACUGUCACAAGCCUCUUGUGUCUGAAAUGUUGAUCUAAUUAUGUACUAGUAGCAGCUGCUAUUUUAUGCCAUUAUCACUCUAGACAUGCCUAUUAUACAAACAACCAGUGAUCUGUACUCUGAUAUAUGUGUGUGUUUCUCUGUGUGUGCAUAUGUGUCUGUACUAGUGUGUGUACUAGUGUGCAGAAAGAGUUCUUUGGUGAACAAGCUUG